UACAGCAUUCUUGAUGGCCGCAGUUUCCAAGGUAAUGUUUCUGUGAGCCGCUCCGUUUGAAAGCAGAUUGCCCGUACAGAAGAUACACAGUUGUGGAACAAGAUGGAAAUGGACUUCAUCAAAGGUCAGCUGGGUUUUGCAUACAUGCUUCCAAUGCAUGGUGCACAUGGAAGUGGUUGCAUCAAUGAAGGGCAAGGAUACAGCACUGAUCAGGGGGAGAUAUUUGUGAAGUCCUCUCAAGAUCACAGUGAUGGACAGGAGAUGUUUGCCGGGGAGCUUGCCGGGCUGCGGGCUAUCAUUGCCACCAGCACUGUGCGGUGUCCACGGCCUCUGACCGUAGCUCAGCACCCGGACACGGGCCGGGCCGUGCUCGUCAUGGAGUUCCUGCAAAUGCGCUCGCUAAGGGCCCGGUCGGCUCAGCUGGGGCGCCAGCUCGCCAGGCUUCAUCUACAUAACAGUACUGCAAAGGAUGCGCAAAGCACAGAAGCCUCACACGUAGGUGCGCCCGAAAAGCAGGUACAUAGACGGACCUACGAAUGGCCACACCGUGGCACGGACGACUGGCUGGAGUUCCUGACGCGGGUCAAGCUGCAGCCGCAGGUCCGGAAGCGCGGCCUGAACGCAGCUAUGAGCACGCCGCCUAAAUCCGCCGCGUCUGGUGGCUGGCGAGACGCACCCCGCCGACAGCUGGACGUCCAGCGGCAGAUAAUGCGAAACGACGGGUUAUGGAGUUUGUGGUCGCGACUGCUGCGCCGCCUACCGGAGUUCUUCCGAAACAUCAGUGUGGAGCCGGCGCUGCUGCAUGGUGACCUGUGGUCUGGAAACGCGGCUGAGGUGACGCGUACCCCGACAGUGGUGUACGAUCCCGCCUCCUUCUAUGGACACGCCGAGUUCGAUCUCGGAAUCGCGAAGUGGUUCGGGGGAUUUGGAGCCGACUUCUACAGAGCCUACCACGAGCUGCUGCCAAGAAAGGCUGGCUUCGAGACCAGGAACAAGCUGUACCAGCUCUUCCACCACCUAAACCACUGGAAUCACUUCGGGUCCAGCUACCGCGGCGGUUCAGUGUCGCUGAUGAGGUCCCUGGUGGAACAGAAGUGACCGGACCGCGUCAUGCUGGCCUCUGACGCAGCUGACGCCACUGCCCGGUUAUCAGCUGACGUCACUGCCCAACCAUCGGCCGACGUCACUUCCCGGCCAUCAGCUGAUGUAACUACCCUGCCACCAGUUAACGUCAAUACCCGGUCAUCAGCUGACGUCACUGCUGAGUCAUCAGCUGACGUCACCAUUGAAUCAUCAACUGAUGUCACUGCCUGGCCAUCAGCUGAUGUCACUGCUUGGUCAUCAACUGACGUUACGGACCGUGCCCGCGACCGGGGUGAUUAAGCAAUGGACCAGGAGUUCCUCUGUCAUCUGUGCUAAUACUGGCUGUGUUUAGCAGCGCCUCUGCCGGGUUGGGCUGUUCCUGUUUCACUCUGCAGCUUGCUAUGACGGUCAGCGGAGGCCUUGUGCGUAAUGAUCGGAUCGCAUUGUUGUGUGUUACCUGCGUGCGCAUUGUAAGCACAUGCAUGUGAUGGCUCAGUGAGCGUGCCCGACCGGCAGGGCUGGCGGAGAAUGCCACGAUGCCAGCUGCUUCCCAGACGUGCGGUGGUUCUGAGCCGGACACGGAGCUCAGAGUCCAUGCCCCUAGUCCAGAGUGCGCACCCUUAGUCCAGAGCCUGUGCUUGGGUCUAGAGUCCAGGCCCUGAGUCCAGGUGCGACCGAGUCGGGUUGGACGUGCUGUGGGCCUGGCUAAGCGGCCUUUUAGUCAGGCGCGGUGUGCAUGUUGCCGGCCGGGCCAGGCGGACCUGCCUUGAGUGUCUGGACCGGUCCCGUCGUCGGUGUCGGUGCUCCCGGUGCGGGCCGUCCCGGAGUGGGCACGUCGUCCUGACUCCUGCGUCAUGUCCGCGGCGGGGACAAGCGUCGAGCUUACACCGACCUGGUACACCAUGUGGCCGGCUUC